UUCAAUCGAUGGCACCACGGAAUGGUUAUUUUCCAGUUUUCAUUCAUACGACCAGUUUCUACUUUCUAGUCAUAGAUCACUCAUUACGCGUGCAGCACGGUGUGCUACCGUACCGUAUGCCAACGUUGAAAUUGUAAUGCCAAUGAGUGACACAAUUUCCAUGCUGAUAUCAGCAAUUAUGGUUAGUCGUUCAAGGAGGUAGACCGAAAGCCUUGGAUGGAUUUCCGCAUCAGUUCAUCUUCCUUUGCCCUGCUGCAGUUUUGACCCGCUCAUCAUUCAGUGCGGAAACUGUACAUGUGGAACUCUUAUUAGUUGGAAAAUAUCAGUUAUUCGUUAUUACCAGGUCUUGGUUUGGUCUCUGAUUUUUAUUGAGUCGUUUCCGGCAUUGUCUUGUGCGUAACUAACAGGAUUAGACUAAGUACCCAUACUGCCAGAAUGACGGAUCUUACCCAGGAGCCAGUGAUUGUGGAAGUGGACGAGGUUCGCAAGCGCGGCGCCAUCCACAUUUUGGGAUAUAUCCAGAUUGUUAUGGGAGUAGGGAUUUGUGUGAUCGAAACAACAACAUUGAUUUUGUACAACAAUACUGGAGCUCCGGGCUAUCCCAUCGAAUAUGCUGGCAUCUGGACCGGUAUCUUCGGCACCAUUACCGGCAUAUUACAAGUCAUGGCCGGGAAGAAAAUCAUCAGCAACCCAAAAACCCGCAAAUUCCUCUUUCUGGCCGGCAUCUUGACUUCGGUGGUGUGCAUCAUCCAGGCGCUGACCAUGUUCUCUCUGUCCAUGUACAACAUCUACCUGGUCCGCAACGAGAUUGCCCGCCGGGAGGCGCUGCCGCGUUGGGAACAGCCCACCGGGCCAUCGGCCUCGCAGUUGUCUGACUUCCGAUUGAGCGUUGAUCAGCUGAAGGAUUUGGCCAUGCUGAAAUCCGUCGUGGCAUUGGUGUACUUUUGUCUGGCGGUGUUUGGCAUAAUCUCGGCCGUGCUGGAUUGUUGUAAUGUUUGCGGAGCCCGUCGAUCACCGGCUGAGCAGAUCGUCUACACUAGUGUGGAUGGAACGCAGCUUAAACAAGUGAAGAUCUACAAUAAAGCCCAGCACAAUGUCAGAUCGUGAAUGGAGGGAUUAAUUUUGCAGUACGGUGUAUCCCUGUCCAGUUCUUAACCGUCCGGUGUUUGAGCGAGUAGUCCAAAUUAUUUACCGUCCAUUUAGAAAUUAGACAGUAUAGUAAACGAGAUGACCCUUGGGAUGAGCACAGUAGUCAGUGCGCAGCAGCCAGAAGACGAUCAAAGAUUUCGAUGGAUCUGUUUUAGCAUUCAAAACGGUGCGUUGCGGUAGUUUUUUUUUAACUGGGACGCAGUGGUUUUGACAGUCUUUUGCAGCUGUGGAUGUAGCAGAUAUAUAGUUUCUCCACUGUGUGAAUUUCGAAUGAUUUCCCGUGUGACCUUGCCGUUGUAUGCUGGUGGUGUAAAGGUGUAUUAAAGGGAAUUUU